AUUUGGAACCAAAACGAAAUCUCAAAAUUUUCAGUCACGCCAAAUCUCUAAAUUUUCAGACACACUAAUUCAUUUUCGUUUUCAUUCUCCAAACUCUCUUUCUCUUGUCUACCCAUUAUACAUAAACAUGGCACCAAUCUCUCUUCUUCACCCAAAACUUCAAGCUCAUCUUGUUCCAUCUGUCUGUUCUCUCCCUCUCUUCCAAAUUCACACCACAGAAGGAACAAGAUGGAGACUCGUGCCGCCUCAAAGAGAAAGGCAGAUGCAAUGGUGUUGGUCCAAAAACAACAUCCCAAAAGGCAUAGGGUUGCUUUGGCUGAACUUCCCAAUUUACCAAAUCUUAUCGUUCCAGGAACUCAAAAUCCUUUGAAAGAGAAAUCGCGAAAUGUGAAGAAUCCCAAUGCCAAGAAGCCAUCUCCCACAACCAAUCACUCUUCUUCCCCUCACAUUGAUGAAUCCCUUGUUUCCGAUGUCUAUGAGUAUCUUCAUGAGAUGGAGAUGCAGAAAAAGAGGAGACCAAUGGUUGACUACAUUGAGAAAGUUCAGAAGCUAGUUACACCAACCAUGAGAGCAAUUUUGGUGGAUUGGUUAGUAGAAGUGGGUGAGGAGUACAAGCUUCUCCCAGACACUCUUCAUCUCUCUGUUUCAUACAUUGAUAGGUUUUUGUCUAUUAAUCCUGUGACUAAAUCGAAGCUUCAGUUGCUUGGUGUUUCCUCCAUGCUCAUUUCAUGUAAAUAUGAGGAAAUGGAUCCACCUUGUGUGAGUGAUUUUUGCAGUAUUACUGAUUACACAUAUGACAAGGCAGAGGUUGUUAAGAUGGAAGCUGACAUACUGAAGUCACUAAACUUUGAAAUGGGAAGUCCUACUGUGAACACCUUUCUCAGGAGGUUUGCCGAUGUUGUUUCUGACAAUAAAAUGAUUCCAAAUUCACAUAUUGAAUUUUUGGGUCGUUAUCUGGCUGAAUUAAGCUUGUUGGACUAUGAUUGUUUGAGAUUUUUGCCUUCUGUUGUGGCAGCAUCAGCUGUAUUUCUUUCCAGGUUUAUUAUCUCGCCUGAAGUGCAUCCAUGGACUCCUUCUUUGAAUGAAUGUUCGGGUUACAAACCAGCUGAGUUGAAAGAAUGUGUCCGAACCUUGCAUGAUCUGUACUUGUUACGAAAGGCAGCAUCCUUCAAAGCUGUCCGGGAUAAGUACAAGCAACAAAAGUUCAAAUGUGUUGCAAACCUGCCUUCUCCUCCUUAUGUACCAAAUUGUUACUUUGAAGACCAGUGAUGCAGCAAAUUUUGUGAUGAAUAUAUCUCAGUUGCUAUCUCUUAAAUCAUGUUUGAUAAAGCACAUGUCAAUAGUGUGGUUGGUUUGAUCAUUGUUUGAACAGAUUUGGAGGGGUAACUAAGAUAUCAAUGUUCGAUUGCCUUUUCUGUUGAACAAUCAUGGAGAAGACCUUUAAAGAUGCAUACGGCUCAAUUAACAUCUUAGAUUGUACAGCUUCUUGGUCAUCAUUGAGGCCUUGAAGGAGACACAGCACUCAAUCAUGAUGGUUACUGUUAAAUAAUUAUGCGAGUCUUUCAAUGACAUGUAUUGGGAGAACUAUGGUGUAGGAUGAGGUGUGAAAAUUGCAUAGUUCAUUGCAUAGAAUUUUAUAUGAACAAAAUCACCUUGUGAAAAAUAGUCCUUGAGAUCUUGCUGAUGUCUUUGGCAUCAUUGAUCCAAGUGAUGGUUGCAAUCUUGGGAGAGUCUUUGUGCUUAACUGAUAAAGAACGAGGGUUUUAUUGUGUUUCUAGACAGCAAACCAGAGGUGUUGAUGCUGGGAUUUAGGGAUGUUGUUUCUGGUUUGUUGGAAAUGCCCUAUUCUUUAGGGACAUAUUUGUUUUCAUCAUUCAUUUUUGUUACCAUUAACAUUUAUUUAUCUAAACAGACUCUAAUAAAAGAAAAGUGUCAUUCAUUCUA